UUAAUAGCGGAAAAGGCUCGGAGCUCACACCCGCACUGUGCUCGUCUCGUCUCGCCUGGGGAGUUAAGCACCGCGCUUAACCCCGGCCGGAGCCCGGCCGGCCGCCUGGUUCGACCGCUGGCAAAGGGUUCGCGAGCUAGGUGUUCGACGAUAUGACGAACGCCGGCGCGGCGCUCGGCGCGCGCACGGCCCGCGCCUGCGACGGGUGCAUGCGGCGGCGCGCGCGGUGGCACUGCGCGGCGGACGACGCGUACCUGUGCCAGGCCUGCGACGCCUCCGUGCACUCGGCCAACCCGCUCGCGCGCCGCCACCACCGCGUUCGCCUCUCGUCGUCGGCCUCCUCCUCCUCCUCGCCGGCGGCGGCCUCGCAGCAGGCCGACCCAGACGCGCCGGCCUGGCUGCACGGGCUCAAGCGCCGCCCGCGCACGCCGCGCCGCAAGCCCGGGGGGAUUAACGGGAGCAAGCAGCAGCAGCACGACGCGCUCGGCACGAAGGCCGCCGUGGCCGCGUCGGCGCCGGUGCCCGAUCUCGAGGCGGAGGACGAAUCCCUCUCCGGCAUCAUCAUGGGAGCUGGCAACGAGGUGGACCAGGUCGACGAGGACGACGACCUGCUGUACCGCGUGCCGGUGUUCGACCCCAUGCUCGCGGAGCUCUACAGCCACACCAUGCCCGACGACGAUCAGGCGCUCGAGCAGAAGCCCUGCUUCGCCCCGCUUCUUGCAACGGAUCCUUCGUCGGAUCAGUACGGCGGUGUGUCCGGCCUGGCGGAUGGCACCGAUGGGUUUUCCGGGUUCGACCUCGUGCCGGACAUGGAGCUGGCCAGCUUCGCCGCGGACAUGGAGAGCUUGCUCAUGGGAGUGGACAGCGGGUACGACGACCUGGGGUUCUUGGACGACGAGAAGCCCCAGAUGAACCACCUGGGCUUCGACGACAUGCAGGACGACUUCGAUCAGUCGACCGUGGCGCCGCCAGCGCCGCAGGAGGAGGAACAACAAGAGGACAGGAAAAGGAAGCGGCCGGAUCAGAUGAUACUCAAGCUCGACUACGAGGGGGUCAUCAGCUCUUGGACCCACGACGGGGCCUCGCCGUGGUUCUACGGCGAGCGGCCUCACCUAGAUUCCAGCGAUUCCUGGCUGGAUUUCCCGGCGGGGAGCGGGCGGGGAUUCGGGCUGGGCGCGGCCGUGACGGCGGUGACGGGCGGCGAGCGGGAGGCGCGGGUGUCGCGGUACAGGGAGAAGCGGCGGACGCGGCUGUUCGCCAAGAAGAUCCGGUACGAGGUGCGCAAGCUCAAUGCCGAGAAGCGGCCGCGGAUGAAGGGCCGCUUCGUCAAGCGCGCCGCGCUGCCCCCGCUGCCGCCGCGGGCGACGCCGAUGAUGCUCGCGGCGCCCCACGGCGGAUCAGCGCACGGGCGCUACCGUUUAUGAGGCCGCCCCACGGCAAAUUAAAGCAUGGGCCACCGUUGCAUUCGUCCAUGGAUGCAGCUGCAUGCCCUGUGCAUGCAUCCUUGAAUGAUCUAAUAAAUUCAUCACACAUAGUACGUAUACGUAGCUGGUUCUUUCUCAAUUUACUGUUGACUGGGGUGUAGAAUUAGUUUUGAGAAGAACAAUCCUCUGUGAAUUAGAACGCCCUCACUCUACGUGGGACUGAAUAUAUGUACGUGCGUGCAGAAUUUCAUGUGCAAGGUACUAGCUAAAAUAUGUAUAAAUAUCCUUGUGAUUAAUAUAGUUAGGGCGUGGGUACUAAUUUCGUCAUUUUUAAGAAAGGUACACUGAUUAAAU